AUGUGGAUUAAGAAUUAGACCUUACUGGAUGAUUUCAUUUUACUGGGAUUUUCUGAACACCCCUGGCUGGAAACACCACUCUUCAUCAUCUUUCUGGUGACCUACAUCUUUGCCCUAUUUGGAAAUCUAUGCAUCAUCUUAAUUUCCCUCCCGGACCCCCAGCUCAACAGUCCCAUGUACUUUUUUGUCUCAAAUCUCUCCUUUGUGAACCUCUACUACACCACCAGCACAAUCCCACAGAUGCUUGUCAACUUGAGGGGACCAGAAAAGACCAUCAGCCACCGGGGCUGUGUUGCCCAGCUGUACAUUUUUCUGGCCUUGGGAUCCACUGAGUGUGUACUUCUGGCCAUCAUGGCUUUUGACCAUUAUGCUGCCAUUUGCAAGCCCCUGCACUACUCAGUAAUCAUGAAUGAGAGAAGGUGUGUCCACAUGGCUGCCGGCCCCUGGGUAAGUGGCUUAAUAAACUCCCUUGUCCAGUCCACUCUCACUCUGGUGGCCCCGAGGUGUGGACACAGGGUGAUAGACCAUUUCUUCUGUGAAAUCCCUGCCCUUUUGAAACUGGUUUGCAUUGACACUCACGUGAAUGAAAUUGAGCUUAAUGUUGUGGGGGCUCUAAUACUCCUGGUGCCACUUGCCCUCAUCCUGGGCACUUAUGUGAUCAUUGCUCAGGCUGUGAUGAAAAUCCGCUCUGCAGAGAGUCCCUGGAAGGCCUUCAACACCUGUGCUUCUCGCCAGCUUAUGGUAUUCCUCUUCUACUUCACAGCCAUCAGCAUAUACGUGCAGCCUUCCUCCAAUUACUCUCAUGACAGAGGCAAGAUCACAUCUCUCUUCUAUGGCAUUGUCAAGCCCACCCUCAACCCCUUCAUCUACACACUGAGGAACAAGGACGUGAAAUCUGCCUUGAGAAGGGCAUUGACAAAGGAGUUUUGGGUCAAGUUGAGAUAA